AUGUCCAUGUUGACAGUAGGACCCCUGCUGCUGUCGAUGCUGGCUGGAGCGUCAUUUGGAGCCCCAAGAACUUUCUCUGUGGAUUAUCAAAAGGACUGUUUUCGAAAAGAUGGCCAGCCCUUUCGCUAUAUAUCAGGAAGCAUCCAUUACAGCAGAAUUCCCAGAGCUUACUGGAAGGACCGGCUGCUCAAGAUGUAUAUGGGUGGUCUGAAUGCAAUCCAAACGUAUAUCCCUUGGAACUUUCACGAAGAAUCUCCCGGUCAGUACAACUUUAGUGGCGAAAGAGACCUGCUGCACUUUCUCCAGCUGGCACAGGACGUCGGCUUGCUGGUCAUUCUCCGGCCUGGACCCUACAUAUGCGCAGAGUGGGAAAUGGGUGGGCUUCCUGCUUGGCUUCUUAACAAAAAGAAUAUCGUAUUGCGGUCAUCAGAUAAAGAUUACUUAUCAGCUGUAGAUACAUGGAUGGGGAAAAUACUGCCAAUGAUAAAACCCUUUCUUUAUCAAAACGGGGGUCCCAUCAUCACUGUUCAGGUGGAAAAUGAGUAUGGCAGUUACUUCGCCUGUGACUAUAACUACUUGAGACACCUGACUGAAGUUUUCCGGUCACACUUGGGGGACGACGUGGUGCUCUUCACCACUGAUGGAGGCAAUGUGGGGUACCUCAAGUGUGGAACAAUACAAGGACUCUAUGCUACUGUGGACUUUGGACCAGGAGCAAAUAUAACUGCUGCUUUUGGAGCACAACGGAAAGCGGAACCUAAAGGACCUUUGGUAAACUCAGAGUUUUACACCGGCUGGCUCGAUCAUUGGGGCUCUCAUCAUUCUGUUGUGUCAAUUGACAGAGUGACCAAGACUCUGAACGAGAUCCUUCUCACUGGCGCAAAUGUCAAUCUGUAUAUGUUCAUUGGAGGAUCAAAUUUUGGAUACUGGAAUGGUGCUAAUGAACCAUACCUACCUCAGCCCACAAGUUAUGACUAUGAUGCUCCUCUGACAGAAGCAGGAGACCUCACUGAGAAGUAUUUUGCUAUCCAAAAUGUCAUCAAAAUGUUUCACAAACUACCAGAGGGUCCAAUUCCACCGACAACUCCAAAGUUUGCCUAUGGGUCUGUACGGUUACAAAAGUUGGAGACGGUGUCAGCGGCCCUUGAGAAACUUUCUUACUCCGGCCCUGUCAAAAGCAUUUAUCCCCUGACUUUCACAGAGCUAAAUCAGGCUUUUGGUUAUGUACUUUACAGGACCACACUUCCUGUGAACUGCACCAAGCCAACGCCUCUGUCCUCCCCUUUAAAUGGGGUUCACGACCGGGCCUAUGUAUCAGUGGAUGGAGUGGCUGCUGGGAUUCUUCAGAGAUUCAAAGCAAUAAGCAUCAAUAUUACUGGAAAUGCUGGUAGUCAAGUGGACAUACUGGUCGAAAACAUGGGCCGAAUUAACUAUGGAAAAGGGAUCAACGACUUCAAGGGUUUAGUGUCAAAUAUGACUCUGGGAACAGAUGUGCUGAGUGGCUGGACCAUGUACAGUCUCAGCAUCGAUCAGGCGGUCAGCCAGGGACUCCUGGGGAAGUCUGUGUCGGCAGAUCCCCCUCAGCCCCCAGCCAUGUCCCUGCCAACCUUCUAUGGAGGCAGCUUUGUUAUUCCAGAUGACAUCCCAGACCUUCCCCAAGACACUUAUAUCAAACUUCCCAACUGGACAAAGGGUCAGAUUUGGAUUAAUAGCUUUAACCUUGGUCGAUACUGGCCAGCCCAAGGACCUCAGGUGACUCUGUUUGUGCCUGGCAGCAUCCUGAGCACCGCUGCUCCCAACAACAUCACUGUGUUGGAGCUGGAGGCCGCCCCAUGUGGUUCACUUUGUACGAUAACUUGUGCUGACACGCAUCCUGUAAAAGGCAUCACCAUGAGCAAGUGGGAAGAUCGCUUGAAAAAGGUUGAGCACCUGGCACACUGUUUCCAGAAGAACCCGCUGACCACAGGCUACAAACCCCGGCUGUGGCCCUGUCAGCCUGCGUCUGUGUGGAGGCUGUUCCCCCGGCAGAGUUUGGCUGUUCACUUUUCAAAGACCUGUAAAGAGAAGGCAGUGCAUGUCUUCGCACUAGAAAAGGAGACCACUUCACAUGGACAGAGGAUGUACCUGGUAACCAGUUACAGUGAGCUCUGGCAUUACUACAGAACCUACCCACAGUCACUCAUGCACUGCUAUGAAGUGAUACCAGAAGGAGCAGUUUGCAAACUUUAUUUUGACCUGGAGUUUCAUAAGCCUUCGAACAUUGGGGCUGAUGGGAAAAGUAUGGUGUCUUUGCUCAUUCAGUACAUCUGUGAGAAACUAAAGGAGUUCUAUGGGAUUGAUUGUUCUGCAAAUAAUGUCCUUAAUCUGGACUCGAGCACUGAGGAUAAGUUCAGUCGUCACCUUAUCUUCAAUCUUCCAAAUGCAGCUUUCAAGGACAACAUCCAUGUUGGUAGAUUUGUUCAUAUAAUUCUGGAAAGUAUUCAAAACCAAGGAGCCAAAGCUUUGCCAAAUAACAGGUCAUCAAAGGUGGGCAAACACGCUGCGUUCACUGUGGCAGAUGACAAUACAUUCUCACAUAAAUCUGAGAAGGGCCUUUCUGUGGAAGAGGGAAUAUUCCUGGCUUCUUUAGUCUGCAAUAUCAGUUUUACAGGACAAAGAAUACUUACCAUCUCCCAGGAGACAAAGGUCGAUAAAACAGUCCAGCUGGGAUGCGCUGCUAAAGCAGCAUUGUCACUUUCUGGCUGCUCGUCAUCGCCUCAUCAGGAAAUGGACCAGUUUGUUUUGACUUUGGUUAAAAAAGACGGAAUCCAAGGAAAUAUCAGACGUUGGAACUAUUUUGCUGCUGACCAGUUGCUGGUUUAUGAUAUCACCAACUAUCGCUGGUGUGAAAAUGUGGCCAGAUUUCACAAAAGCAACAACAUCCUGAUAGUUGUCGAUCUCAAAGAGGAGGUGUGGUAUCAGAAAUGCCACGACCCGGAUUGCAAGAACUUCAGAUCCUCAAGUUACCCACUGCCACUGGAGAUGUGCUUAAGUUAUCUCAUUGAACUGGAUGAAGAAGAUCAGGUGUAUUUAAUGGACGACACAGGCAACAUUGAACUCAGCCAGACUCAGACGAAAGUUCCACCACAACCCCAGAUCGAGUCACAGCCAGAAAAGACCUGUGCAGGCACCUGGGACGAUUCGCAGGAUGACCAGGACUAUUUGGAAAGUCUAGAUGCCUUUGAACAAAACGAGGAGCUUCCAGAUAAGCUACUUUUGAAAUGUAUGGAUAACUUUGAGUCCCAAUAA